AUGGCGUCUCCUUCUUCAAAACGAUGCCUACACGAAAUCCUCGGCCUGACCGUCAACUCCUCGCCGAACGAAAUUCGCUCCACUUACAAGAAACUAGCUCUCCAACGCCACCCAGACAAGCUCCUCCAGUCCGCUUUAACUCACCACCAAGCCACCGCUCAGUUCAAAGAACUCAACUUCGCCUACAAAAAGAUUUACAAGACUGAAGUGGAUUUCGUAAAGAAAUCAGGGUUGGGAUUGGACACGAUGCAGGAGGUGCCAAGAAUGGGGAAUUUACGGAGUCCGGUGAAGGAAGUGAGGGUCAGUACGGUGGUGGACUUCCGGUGGGUGGAGGGAAAAAGGGCGUCGGAGACGGAGGAAUUGAAAGAAGAGUAUAAUGAGAGGGUGAGAAAAAUGGCGGAGUUUGUGAGAAAGAGAGAUAAAAGAGUGAUUGAUUUACUGAGAAAGGUAAAGAUUGAGCAAGAAAGAAGACAGGUGGAGGAAUUGGAGAUGGAGGUGAAGAGGAAAGAUUAUUGUUGUGAGUUGUGCGGAGAAAAAUUUCAGAGUGAGAACCCUGAGCAAUGGAGGAAGCGCGUGCAGGAUGUGGUUGAAUUUUGGCAGGGUUUCGUGGAGGAAGAGGGGGAGAGCGAGGAACUGUGUGAGAGAUGCAUUAAAACGACGUCGGCCCGGGACUCUCGUGUGCAGCUUUUAGGGGGUAAAAGUUUCCGGAUUUGA